CUAGAGGGCGACACAACUAGGAAAGAGAUGUGAGUCCUGUUUAAUGUGUCAGUGAAAAAGAGGAAGACACGUGUUUCCAGAGCUCAGUCAGAUGUGCCCUGAAAACCUCUGAAUUCUAGCUGACUAACCUCAUCAAAAUCCCGCAAAGAUGCCGAAGGUGAAGGCCGAGAAGAAGAGCAGGCAGCACCAAGAGGUCAAAAACCAAGGCAUCAUGUUCAACACUGGCAUCGGUCAGCACAUCCUGAAGAAUCCUCUGGUCGUCAAUGGCAUAAUAGAAAAGGCUGCUCUGAGGCCGACAGAUGUGGUUCUGGAGGUGGGACCUGGUACCGGUAACAUGACCGUAAAACUCCUGGAAAAAGCCAAAAAGGUGGUGGCCUGUGAGUUGGAUUCCAGGUUGGUGGCUGAACUUCAGAAAAGAGUCCAGUGCACACCCCUGCAGAGCAAACUUCAGAUAUUAGUCGGCGACGUGCUGAAAACUGACCUGCCUUUCUUCGACGUCUGUGUGGCUAACUUACCCUACCAGAUUUCGUCACCAUUCGUCUUCAAGCUGCUGCUGCACCGGCCGUUCUUCAGAUGUGCUGUGCUGAUGUUCCAGAGAGAGUUCGCCAUGCGUCUGGUCGCCACACCCGGAGACAAACUGUACUGCAGGCUGUCCAUCAACACACAGCUGCUGGCCCGGGUGGACCACCUCAUGAAGGUCGGGAAAAAUAAUUUCAGGCCUCCUCCCAAGGUGGAGUCGAGCGUUGUCAGGAUAGAGCCCAAGAACCCCCCCCCACCGGUCAACUUCCAGGAGUGGGACGGCCUGGUCAGAAUAGCCUUCGUCCGGAAGAACAAAACCCUCAGCGCGGCCUUCAAGUCCACCGCGGUGGAGCAGCUUCUGGAGAAGAACUACAGAAUUCACUGCUCCCUCCACAGCCUGGAUGUCCCGCCCGACUUCUGCAUCAGCAAGAAAAUUGAUAGCGUUUUACAGGAGGUUAAUUUUAGCGAGAAGCGGGCCAGGUCCAUGGACAUCGAUGACUUCAUGGUGCUGCUGCACGCGUUCAACGCCGCUGGAAUCCAUUUUUCAUGAGUGGCGGAAGAGGCCGGGGAGACCCGGCCGCACCACUCCCGCCGUUUGCCGAGAAGCCACCGCUGCAUGAAUGGCUGAUCCCUCUCAUCUCCUGCCCAGUUGGAGAAAAGGCUUUUCUGUCGGUACAAUUGUAAGGGUGACGUUUGGACACAUUGGAGCUGCUCACAUUGAGUGCUUCUUAACCUUGGGAAGAGCGGGCAGCGUCGGCCUCUGCCAGAUGGACACUUUGAGUAAAAGGAGUCGUCACACAUUUUAGGAAAUUAUACGACUGAUCAUUGUAAUCUACAGGAAGCCAAAUGUGGAAUUUACGUUAUAAAAAACAAAAAAACAAUCUCUUUGAAAAAGGUGAGGCCAAACAUAUGUCUACUACACACUAAUGUGUACCUAUGAACUUUUAGUCCAAACAUGGCCAUCAGAUUUGAUCCAGGUCUGACAUAAUUAUAGCUUUCAUUAAUAUUCUCAUUAAAUACAUGAAGAGUUUUUUUCUUUCUUUCUUUCUUUU